UAAUUUUAUUUGCGUUAAACCUGUCGAAGUAAUAGUGCUUGUUGCAAUAUGCUGGAGCCGAACUCAAGUGCCUAGUGGAAAUGAAAUCAGAACCACAUGCGCGAGAGGUGUAUUCUACCUUACACGGACACGACUUACAUAAUUAUUUGCUGGGAGGUGCCAACUCGCUUCGGAAACUGACAAGUCUACGAGACUGUCCGCCGGCGAUUGUUCAUGAAAGCGGCGUUGCCCAACGUGAUGGCAACAGUGAUUGCAGGUCGGGGAAAGUCGCCUGCUCACCUGUUUGCUGCUGCUGUUACCGCUUCUUCCCUCCCGUGCUGUCGCUUUCUCUUCGCGCUGUCCAUCAGCUGUCCAUGGCGUAAGGAAGAAUUUCAGGUGGUGUUGCGAGCCAGUUGUGAGCGGUUGUGAGCCCUGAAGCCCCCAGAAGAGGGCGUGUGGGAGAGAGUUGUGCUCUCAAAGUGACAGGCAUUCCUGAGUGAAUUUUGUUUUGUGGGAGUGACGUUUGUCUAUAGAAAAAUUGAAAAAUGGCAUCCUCGCGAAGUCUUUUUGUAAUAUGUAUUUUAGUGAUUCUAAUGAUCAUAAGCUGCCAAAUUGUUGAAGCUACUCUCACCCCCAAAGCUCCAAAUUUUCAAUAUUUUGAAAGGCCAAAGUACAGAUAUCCUUAUUAUGAUGAAAAUGGGAAAGGGAAACUUUUGUAUGGGUAUGGAGGCUCAGAUCUUUACCAGUAUAAAGCGUACUCUCCUCUAGAAGGUGUUUAUUAAAAUCUUAAAAUAGGUAGGAGAAAUGCCCUGGAACCUUGUUUUAUGAAAGUUUUCAGCAAGGAAAAUGGAAAUAUUUGGGACAAAGGAAGAAAACAUAAUUGAUGUUGCUGAGAUUGACGUGCUAUAUUUUAAAGAUUGAAAAACUGGGGAAAUGAUGAGAAUAAUGAUCUUACAGGUUUGUUUUGAAAUAUCUUACGUAGAGAACUUGUUCAGGAAUUGUGAUAUUUAUUAAUUUAAGUUUACUGAAAAGCUUUUUUAAUUUUCCUGAACAUAAAUGGUUUGAAAUUUUAUGUAAUUAAAAUGUGAAAGAAAUUGUUUAGUAGUGUAAAAGAUAGUUUAAAAUAAAAGUAUGUAUGGUAAUUAAGUUUGGCCAAACAGUGAUGUUUUGUUCAUUUAUUUGUGUACAUGUCAACAUUAUAAUAUUUUAAAAACUGUUUUUGAAAAUAUUCGGGAAAUUAAAAAUGUAUCGUUUACAGUAAUUUGAUAUUGAUCGUCUUUUCCUCAUGCGAAUUUGUACCAAAUUUUACAUUGUAUCUCCAUUUAGGUGGAUGAAUUUCAUAUCUCGCUUUAUGAAACUGAUAUGGAGUUGUGCAAUGUGACUAAAUCAAUAUAAUAAUUAUACUAUGAGACUCAUUAACCCCCAUAAACCCUUAAUCACGU